GCUGCAACACAAGCGCCCACGCACAUCUCAAUAUAUUCCGAAGCAAUGCAACGCUAUUCUUCGUCGACGGAGUCGCUGGACUCGUCGCAGCUGGUGGAGCGCAGCCGCCAAAGGAGAGCCUCAGGGUCGCCUCACCGGUCAACUGAUGAGGAAGACAGUCAACUAGAAAACGACCGAAGUGGGAGCGGCGGCGCAGGGAGUCCGGAAUACUCCGCACGCGGUCAUCUGUACGAUCUCCAUCAACGCGUACCCUCAAAGUCGAACAGCAGCGGCUCCACGCCUUUAUGGCGGAAGGUGCUGUACGAGAGGCAGCCCUUCGAGGACAACUACGUCGACCCGCACCAGUUUCUCGAGGAGCUGAGCCAGAACAAAGACAUCAAGGACUAUCAGUACUCCAACGUGGUGAUCAACACGCUCGCCAUCACGCAGGAGAUCUCCGUCGUGGUGCUGUUCUGCCACGCCUUCAUGGGCGUCUUUACUGGCUCGAUUGGCAAGUACACCCUCGUCGGCAUCGACGUGCUGUGUCUGGUGGCUGCUCUGAUUUGUUACGUCAUUUACCAGUGCCACCAGGACGCCCAAGGGGAUCUGGAUGAGCGACCAGCGAGCCCGAGCACGCGUGGGCCGCCACCGCCACCGCAGCCGUCGCGGUGGCUGCUGCACUCCUGGGUCUUUGGCCGACAGGUUCUGAGCCUGGUCACCAUGCUGUCCCUGCUCAGCCCCAUAUUGAGCACCCUCACCGUCACCUACAGUGACGACACCAUUGUGGCGCUGUCCGUGCUGACCAUGUCGCUGCAUGUGCUGCUCACAGACUACAGCUACCUGAAUGCGUACACACAGCGCUUUGACCCGAAUGUGUCAGUGAACAUGGCCAUCUGCUGUGUGACGCUAAUGGCGUCGCGCAUUUCAAGUCCGCUGGCAAGUGGCGCGCUGAUCUGCUUCGGCAUUGUGUGCUUCUCUCUGUCUCCCAUUGUCCGCCACCUCAUCAAGCAAAACUCCUUCACUGUACACGUCGCCAUCACCUUUGGUCUCGUCGGACUGGCUGUUGGCUGCCUCACGCCGAUCCCGAUCCUUGCAACCAUCUUCAUGGUAACUGUUUUGAUGAUCACCUUUGGCAUUCCGUGGCUCUUUGUGCGGAUGCACAGCAGCGUCAAGACGCAAAUCAACGGUCCGUGGGAUGAGGCGAAGCCGACGAACAGCGCCGCGGCUGCGGAAUGGGCCAACUCUGGAUUUCUGGCGUGA